AUGCAGGCCAACGAAUCGGAUCUGUCAAUUCGGCUGAAAUAUGGCGUUCACACCGUCUUCCUCUUCGUAGACCCGUUGGCGCCCUGGUCUGCCAUCACCACGGAGCUCCUAGAGGUCCUCCGAGAGCGAUACCCCGACGGCUUAGUUGCGGUGCCAAGAGGUAAAACUCCUGUCCCGACCUCCGGCCAGGAUGUGCACAUCUCCUAUGCGCUGCUGGUGAAUCCACACGACUACACCGAAGGCUGGAAAGACCUCAAUAUCCGCGGCACGGAAACCCCAGUGAGCAAGGGCAUCAAGAGCGGCACCAUUGUCGCCUUUCUCAUCCAAGACGAAAACGAGAGUACCGAUAGCUCGCCCGAGUUUAUUGUAGACUGGCCAAAUCUCGACGAGGAAGAAGAGGAGGAGAUGGCCGCUGAUGGAGAUGUGGAUGGUUUGGAGCUAUGA